GGUGCUGAUUUUCUCUGACAUGAAUCGCAAUCCAAGGUAAUGUCUUCCAUCCCUAAACAUUUCAGAUUCAUUCCCAUUCAGCUUCACCCCUUUUUAGUUUCUCUUCUGAUGAUCACUAAUGCGUAAAAUCUCAUCAAUCUAUCUGAGCAUGACUCAUUUACACAAGCUGGGAACACCAUCCGUUCUCAAGUGGGUUUCUUCAAGCCUCUCUAGAGUAUUAGGACAUCCAGCUAGGUCAAUUGGGUCUUUCCCAAAUGCCCAACCCCCUAGGUUUUACACAACUAAAAAGACCCCUUUAACUCAAAACGGCAGAAAUGCUGGUAGAGUGUCUCGUGCUGUUCGGCGAGAAGCGCAAGCUGCAUUGUUAGACUAUUUGUAUUGUAAUAGAGGCUUGCACUUUGCGGAUGCUGAGAAUAUGAGCAAAAACUCGCCGCAUUUUCUCAAUAAGCUUUUGAAAUGCGUUGGUAAUGAGAAGGAAAUCCGACAGACGAUUGCCCAUUACUUGCUUUACCACCCUCUUGAUGAAUUCGAGCCUUUCUUUGAGAGUUUGGGGUUGGAACCUUCUGAGUAUUUUCAUUUCCUUCCACAUUAUUCGAUGUUCUUGGUCGAUGAGAAGUUGUUGCUUCACAAUUAUGCUGUGUUAUGUCAGUAUGGGGUUGAGCGUAAUUGGAUAGGGAAGAUAUACAAGGAAGCCACGGAAAUUUUUCGGUAUGAUUUUGAGGUUUUGCGAUCGAAACUUCAAGUUUUUGAAGAACUGGGUCUCAGUAGACAUGCUAUAGUCAGUUUUAUUGUUGCCCGUCCUUGUUUGUUAGUUGGGGAUGUAGAUGAGGCAUUUGUUGAGGUGUUGAAAAUAUUAAGGAGUCUUGGGUUUGAAACCAGUUGGGUUCAGGGGAACUUGUCAGAAUCGGAAUCUUAUAAUUGGGGACGGAUCCGUGGAGUUCUGAGUCUUCUUAGUGACAUUUGUUGUAGUAACAAGCAGUUGGGUGCAUUACUUGGCCAGCAUCCAGAUAUUGUGUUUGAGGCUUCAGGGGAAAGAACUUUUUUACUAAUUGGAAUACUUCUAAAAUUUGGAUGCACAAAGAGCCAGAUAUGUUCAUUAUUUCUGCAGUUCCCGCAAAUUGAAGUAACGAGAUUUGUUUCAAAUAUAAGGAGAUGCUUUUUGAUCCUGAAUGAAAUCAGCAUGGGGUUUACAGAGAUAGGGAAGAUUGUGCAUUCUCAACCGCUGCUACUCGGUUCCAUUGCGUUGAAAAGUACCAACACCUUACUUGUUAACUUAAAAAUCGGCAAGAAGGAGCUGUCUAGAUACAUUCAGGAGAACCCGCAAGAAAUGAAGAAUUGGGUACUUAGGAAAACCCUUAGGCCAUUAGAGCUGGAAGAGAGCCUCAGAUCAAAGACACCCAAGUUGAAGUUAUUAAAAGAUAUAGGAUUUUUAGAGAACCCUGGCAAAAUAACAGAAGCUGUAAAUCAGUUUAAGGGCAGUGGAUGGGAGCUUCUGGAAAGAUUUGAUUGCAUUGUUGAAGCUGGUUUAGAUCGCGAUGAAGUCUGUAAAAUGAUUAAAAGAUGGCCUCCAGCUCUUUGUCAGUCAAAGAAACUUAUCGAAAUGAAAAUUGAUCUCCUUGUCAAUCAUUUGUGUUAUCCCUUAUCAAGUUUGCUGGGCUUCCCAAGAUAUCUUUCUUGUGGAAUAAAAAGGAUCCGGCACAGGGUACUCGUGUACAAUUGGCUCAAAAGUCAAGGGGCAGUAGAUUCUGGUACUGCCUUGAGCCUUAUUUUUUAUCCCUCAGAUUCAUGUUUUCUAAGGAAGUUUGUAAAUCAUCAUCCUGGUGGUCCUGAAGUUUGGCAGGAUUUGAAGAAUAUAAUUGAUUCAGGGUGAGAAAAAAAAAGUCAUUGCCCCCCACUUUCAAGAUUUUACACUGUUGUCUGUUAAUGCUAUUAGUGCUAUUUUUUGUUUUUUGAACUUAUUUAUUGAGGAUUAGCUAGUUGAAGGUGAUAUAGCAUCUAAAAAUUAAAACAAUGAAAUCAGUUUAUCAUAACAGCUGCUUUUAGGCUUGUUUUUCUUACUGAUUUACUGAGGAUUUGCUAUCUGAAGGUGAUAUAGCACCUAAGAGUUAAAACAACGAGAUCAGUUAUCAUUACAGCAUCUUCUUUGUAGCUAGAAAUAUUUUCUGUCACUUUCUGUUUGAAUACAGUAGCUUGUGUUUAUAGUCCUGGAAAUAUCUCUAGAAUUGCAGCUUGCAUUUCUGGGUUAUAGAUGGCGCUAAUUUGAUGUAGCUGCAUAAGCGAAUUUUCAGGCGAAUGAGCAAGGCAUGAAUAGUUAGGAUAAAUGCUUUCCAGCAUUUUACAUAUCUACUUAUGGAAAGAGAUACCAAGCUGGCGAAGGGGCAAAGAAGAACCUGCACAAGUGUUUCAUGUCUGAUACAAAUUGACAGAACUAAAUCGCUUGGUUUAAAUUUCUUUAAAAAGCUUACUGACCCUAAAUCUUCAAGGUUGUGAAUAGACUAGACCUCUAGUCGAGGGUAUCUGCUGCAGGCUUCUGAUUUUGUUCCAAGUGGAAAGGCGAAGUGCAGCAAGAACAGUGCCCUUUUGGAAUGUUCGAUAUAUUGGGAUCUCAUCUUGUGGAUUGCUGUCUUUUAAGCGCAUCAUGACUCAGCACAGCCUCAACACUGAAAUGAGUGAAAUCCGGUUUAACAAGAGCUGGAGCAGUAGUCGACAUUUGCCUGAUCAACUACAAGGCUUCAUCACCGUUAAACUUGCCGGCUUCAUACAACAUAUGACGAGAGAAACAGUAGUGUCACAAAAGGAGACCGAUAUACUGAAAUAAUAAAC